AUGAUAAACGAAAAGAAAUCGGCUCAAAGAACCCAUGCUAGAGUAGGAACUGAACAAAGUAGAGAGGCAAAUAAAAGGGCCAAGAGGGCAGUAGCAAGGCCAAAGGCAGAAGCAAUGAGCAAAUUCUUUGAAGAUCUGGAGACCAAAGAGGGACAGAAAAACAUCUUUAGAAUUGCAAAGGCUAGGGACAAAGCACCUAAAGACAUUGUUCAUAUUAAAGAUAACAAUGGGAGUGUACUAACAAGGGAAAGCGUGGGACCUGAUGAGAUCCCAACUGAAGCGUGGAAGUGCCUGGGUGACGAGGGUGUAGACAUCCUAUUAGACCUUUUACGAAAGAUUUACCAACACGUGAAGAUACCAGACAUAUGGAGGGAAAGAACAUUAGUUCCAAUAUAUAAGGACAACGGAAAUUACAGGAUUGCGGAAACUACCGGGGGAUAA